AUAUUUCUCUAAGUGUUACAACAACAAAAACAUCCAAACACAACUAGCUAAAAAGAGUAUAGACAAACGUUGUCUUUCUUGUUUUGAUCCUUUGUUUCUAGUAUGGCUAAGGUGAAGGCUUUGUCCUUUCUUGUUUUGCUUGUUUUUUCAAGUUUUAUUGUAAUGUCUGAAAGUCGGGUGGCGCGGAUGGAUUUAGGUUUGGAUUUAGGUGGUGUAGGAGUUGGUCUUGGUGUUGGGAUUGGCUUAGGGUUAGGUGGUGGAAGUGGUUCUGGUGCCGGUGCAGGAGCUGGUUCAGGUUCAGGAUCAAGUUCAAGUUCAAGCUCGAGCUCAAGUUCUAGUUCAUCUUCGUCUGGUGGUGGUGGUGGUGGUGGUUCAGAGGCAGGCUCAUCGGCUGGGUCAUACGCUGGAUCAAGAGCUGGUUCUGGAUCUGGAAACCGAGGUGGAUCUGGUGGUCGUGGUUAUGGAGGUGGCUACGGUGGAGGGUAUGGUGGAGGAGAUGGUGGUAACUAAAUUCAUGCAUAUGACUCGUAAAAUGGAAUCCACCAUUUUAACUUAAGUUAAAGUUAAUAAUAAACAAUGUGGUGAAGUAUUUAUGUAGCUUAUUGUAAUACGUACCUUGUAUGACUCGUUUGAUCAUUGUCAUUUGUGAUUAGGUUAUUAAAUGUAAGGAAUCUUGUUGGUUUGUGUUUUA